AUGUCUAUAACUGUUGGGGUUUUGGCCCUGCAGGGCGCUUUCUUUGAGCAUCUGCAGCUAUUGAAAAAGGCCGCCGAACAAGCACCAUCGUCCGAUUGGCGUUUCAUCGAAGUACGAACACCACAAGAACUGGCAACAUGCGAUGCGCUGGUCUUGCCCGGGGGCGAGAGUACUACCAUGUCUUUGGUCGCGGAAAGAUCUAAUCUUCUUGAGCCACUGAGAGAAUUCGUGAAAGUCGAUCGCAAACCAACGUGGGGUACAUGCGCUGGUCUCAUUCUGCUCGCCGAGUCUGCGAACAAAACAAAGAAGGGCGGGCAAGAGCUGAUUGGCGGUCUUGACGUACGGGUGAAUCGAAACCACUUUGGUAGACAGACGGACAGCUUCCAAGGCCCGUUGACUCUGCCCUUUUUGGGUCAAGAUGCGCCUUCCUUCCCAGCAGUAUUUAUUCGAGCCCCAGUUGUGGAACGGAUCUUGCCGCACCAUGCAGGCAUUCAGACAGAGGAAGCCCGGCAUGAUGAUGUUGUCGUAGCACCUUCCAAACAAGCACGGGACUCGGUGGCAGAAGCAGCCACAGCAGAACACGUUGAGGUACUCGCGACACUAGAAGGACCGGCAGCCCAAAACGCUUCGCACAGCGACCCAGACAAGGAAGUUGGCGACAUCGUCGCAGUGCGGCAGGGAAAUGUAUUUGGCACCAGCUUCCAUCCGGAGUUGACAGGCGACUCAAGAAUCCACGCCUGGUGGCUGAGCCAGGUCCAAGCAGCCGUGCUGAAACGAAACAAGCUGAAGCAAUGA